UACUUGUUCUUAUGAGUACACUAAGUAUGUAUUUUGUUAUUUUAUUGUUCUCUUGUCUUUAACAAUUUAACCUAAUCUUUCUUCAUUUAGGUGAAGAAGAAAACACACUAUAUCAAUAUUAAGCAUGCAUAUUUCUUGAGUCUCAUUUUGUAAUCUUAUUGUAUAAAAUUUUAAACUCAUAAGUGCUAUUGAUUAUCAAACAAUGAUGUUGGAUUCUACCAAUUCAGAAGUGAAGGUAGACAUGAGUCCACCGAGGCCGCCGAGUGGAGUCGGCGACGGAAUCCUACAAAGAUGGAAGAGGGAGGACUCUCUCAAGAGAGGCUCAUUAGGAUUGAGAGGAGUUGCUCUAUUUUUCUCCUUGGUUUCUUUCCUCCUCAUGGCAAGUAAUAACCAUGGCAAAUGGCAACAUUUUGACAUGUUUCAAGAAUACAGGUAUUUGCUUGCAGUAACAAUAUUUUCUAGUUUAUACACUGGAGGGCAAGUGUAUAGACAAAUUCAUGAACUUUCAACUGGGAAUAAUAUGUUUAGGCCUACCACUGCAGCUUUGAUUGAUUUUCUUGGGGAUCAAGUGAUGGCAUAUAUGUUGAUAUCAUCAGCAUCCACAGCAAUUCCUGUAACAGAUAGAAUGAGAGAAGGAGGAGAUACUCUAUUUACAGACUCAUCAGCUGCAACCAUUACUAUGGCCUUUUUUGCUUUUUUUUUUCUUGCACUAUCAGCAAUCAUAUCUGGAUACAAAUUAUCAGCCCAAAGUUAGUUGAAUAAAGUUUACUUCAAUUAUGUUUUUUUUUUUUUUCAUCUAUUUUGUUUUUGAAUAAAAUACAUUUGUAUGUAAAUUUGUCGAAGAACUGAGUUUAUGAAUCUCUGCCUUUUUAAGUUUUUGUGUAUGCUACAAUGAGAUG